GCGGCGACGUGAGAGGGAAUGUGGACUACAUAUAUAUAAGGCGUUACUCACUGGUCAGACAGCACCUUCAACUACCUUCAGCAUGAAGCUCCAGAUUUUGUUCUUGGCGUUCGUGGCUGCUUCGUCAGCGGCUCCCCAGGGUUACAGCCCCCCAAGCAAUUCCUACAAUACCCCCUCCUGCAGCGCCGGGCAGGUUCUCCACGUGGACGGCAGAUGUGUCACGCCCAGAGUCAACCGUAAAGUCUACGUGUUCGAUGCACCGGCUGUUCCGCAAUCUUAUGGACCCCCUCCCUAUAUCCCCGAGCCAGUCGUGAACACUAACAUCUUGUUCAUCCGAACUCCCGAAGCAGGACAAGGGCCGGAUCCCAUUAUCGUGCCUCCACCCCAGGAGAAACACGUCGUGUACGUCCUCAACAAACAGUCACAGCAAGGCCAGAGAGUGAUCGAGGUUCCAGCAGGACCAGCCAGCAGCCCCGAAGUUUACUUCGUGAACUACGCUGACGGCGAGAACCCAACCCUUCCUAGCGGAGUUGAUCUGCAGACUGCUUUGAAUGCGGCAUCUCAGGGCGGCGGUCAAGUGAUUGGAGGAGGCAGCGGUGUCGGCGGUGGUUUCGGAGGCAGCGGUGGAUUCGGAGGCAGCGGUGGUUUUGGAGGCAGCGGUGGUUUUGGAGGGAGCGGUGGAUUCGGAGGAAGCGGAGGACACGGAGGAGGCCUUGGAGGUGGAGUUGGAGGUGGCAUCAGUGGAUCCUACGGAACACCCUCUAAAUAACGUUACAUCUUUGGAGGGUUAAAUGAAUAUACCAAAAUACUUUGUAUAGCUUUAUAUAAGACAUAUUUUUACGAUAAUAAAGUCAGCUUGAGUUAA